AUGGCUCCUGGUGGCGUCGCUGCAACGGCCAAAAAAUACCUCAGAACGGUGCUCAUCGAUGCCGUUACACUUCCUUCCCACAUCGGUGGUUUUGAGGUCAUGGACAAGGGAGUGUGCCGAAAUAUUGAGUAUGCCGAUAUUACGAUGUAUUCAAAGGAAAUGGGCCUCCAAGAAAACAUUUCGACAGAACAUCCUGAUUACAAAAACUUUCAAAUUGACCGGCCUUUCCUCGGAAACCUAUACGAUAUUGUCAUUUGUGGAGGUGCUGUGGGCGAUGUUGAUAGCUUCGCAACUGGUGUUUGCAAUGAAUCGUCUUACGUCGGGGGGUCGCUCGUGUUACUGCUCCACCAUGUGCAGUCUUGGGACACUGUGUGUAUACUCAAUGCCUUCAACCAAUUUUCUGACAUUGAACUCUGCAAGCACCGUGAAAUACGUGCUAUUGGGUCCUCAUUCUAUCUGGUCGCCAAAAAUGUCAAUUUGGAGCAUCCUUCAGCGAGAGCAUCAAUAUCUUAUUGGAAAGACCUCUGGGCGUACCUGACUUUUAAGGAGUUUCAAGAGAUUCCAAGUCCACUCUCGACUGUCUACAUGACAGAUGAUAAUUUCGCUGAAAGUGUCAAAAACGGCUUCGGGCCUCACUUUCUCAGACUGGCAAAACCUAUAUGGAAAAUCCAAGCCGACGCGCUCCGCAAAGCAACGUUUACAAAGCAUAGCCAACAAUGA